ACGGACAAGUCUGAUUGUUGAUUCGUACGCUUUUAACGAGUCAAGCAACUUGGAUAAUUUACAUUUAUUAUUAGUUAUAUAUCCUUACAUUUUUAUUUAUUUACAUAUUAUACCAAUCGAUUGUUAUAAUUGUAUAACAGAAGAUGAAUAGCAAUAACGACGAAGUUCUUCAUUGUCCAUACAACAAGUAUCAUCGUAUAGCUAGUUCGAAAUUUCAGCGACACCUUGUAAAAUGCGAAAAGAAUUUUCCUUCUGAUUACAAGGUUAUCUGCCCAUAUAAUGCAACUCAUCGUUUGAGUAAAAGUGAGAUUGAAGAACACAUCAAUACAUGUCCUAUGAGAAGGAUUGUCGAAGGAAGUUAUAUUCGGCCGCCAACAACUCAUGGGAUGAUAAGACCAGAACAAAACGAUUCUACAAGUCAAAUUGAUUAUAAUAGUUAUUGGGGAAGUCAAGAAGAAAUAUAAGAUUGUAAAGAUCUUAAGAUUAUAAACUCCAAAAUAAUUAUUAAACUCAUGGAUUGAAGGAAAAAUACGAAACUAUUUGUUAGGACGACAGUCAAUACAAGUUGAGACAAUAAAUCUAAUUACAAUAUAUCUAGCUUCUCAGUAACAAAUUACAUGAGACAGAAUCUAGAAUAUGAUUAUACAAAUGGAGUGAUC